AUGGCCCGUCCAUUGUUAAUUAUUGUUUUAACAUCAACACUGAUUACUGGUCAGUAUUUUCAACAAUAUUCACAUCAACAACAGUAUUAUCAAUUACCUAACCAACAACAACAAAAUUUUCAUCCAUAUUCACAAACGGUUCAUCAACCUCAACAACAGUAUCAGUAUAAUGGUUUUAAUCAACAAAAACAACAAAUAAUUUAUCAAAAUCCUGGAAUUCAUCAGUAUAAUAAAGUAUAUUACCCUCAAUCAUAUCAACAACCAAUGAUACCAUCAUCAAUACAAAAUUAUCAACCAACACAGAUAAUAAAAAAUUUACAACCAUAUCAGUCACAAUACCAACAACAAGUAUUUGAACCCCAAAAUCAUCAACAACAAUAUCGACAACAAUUUAUUCAACAACCAUAUCCACAAUAUUCACAACAACCUUAUCAAAAUAAUAUUGUGAAACAAUCAUCUAUGCCACAGGUAUAUAACUAUGAAUCACAACAAAAUAAUCAACAACAACAAUAUCAAAUUCAAAAUAUAAAUCCUAAUACAGGUCCUAUUCAGUUACCUUCAAAUAAUGAUAUGAGAGAAAGAAUAUCUCAACAAAAAUACAAUUAUCCUCAACAAUCACAACAAUAUAAAUAUAGUAAUAUACCAACAAUAUCUCCACCAACAUAUAGAUCUAAUACAGUUGUAAAAGUUAUUGAAAAAUUAACAUCACCACAAUAUCAAGCACAUACAUAUAUUCAGGAUGGUUCAUUUACUAAUUCUGCUGAUGUUCCACCACCACCACCACCAGAAAAAUUUUUACCAGAAAAAACAAUUAUUCAAAAAGUACGUGUUGCCUCAGAAACAAAAGGAACAAAUUUUAUACCAUCUAAUUUUCAUGUUCUAGAUGAGGUAAAAAUACCAUCAAAUAAAAAUAAUCAUAAAAUUGAAAAUAAUGUAAAACAAGACAAUAUAGAAAUUCAAUCAACAGAUAAUAUUAUAACAACAACUCAACAAUUACCUAUAAUAAAUAAUAUAAAAGAAAAUGAUAAUAAAAAUGAAAAAAAAAUCAUACCAAAAAAUCAAGUAUCACAUUUAUCACCAUCAAAAGAUUCCACAGUGGUUAAUGAUGUAUUUUUAAAAUGUUGCCAUAGAAAAAAUGUCUCCCCAAAAUGUGAAUCAAGAUGUAAUUUUGAUAUUAUAAAUAAAAAAAUAUUAACAGCAAUGUUUCUUGGUUCUGAUCCAUGCCCACAAUCAUAUGGAAGAGAUCUUUUUUCAUGUGCUGCACAGGAUGGUGAUCAUACAGAUUGUUGUAGAAAAAUGAAUGUUACUCGAACAACAGCAGGAGAAAAAUGUUUAGCUUUUUGUAAAAUGACUCCAGAUACACAUUUUCAGGCUGAUGUAACAUAUUUACCCUGUUGGAGUGUUCUCAAUGAUAUUAAGCAAUGUUUCAAAAACGCAAUAAUUGAUUCUUUGUAA